AUGGCAACUAACAAUGCAGAUCGGGUCGUGUUUGAUAAGGUUGCUGAAAUCGAUGCAUCCAAAGAGUCUUGGAACAUACAUGUUAAAGUCGUCUUGCUUUGGAAGCAGACCUAUAAAAACAAUCCUAAUAUGGUCGGGAGCCUAGACAUGAUUUUAAUUGACCAGCAGAUUUUCUUGGUGAAAGUUGUGUCAACUGAUCCCAUGCGAGUCAUUGAUGAGAAUGGAAGAGAAAAAAGGUUAAUGAAUCUGGUUGCUCAGGAUUUAAGUGGUACGAAAAUUACAGUUGCUUUAUGGGACAGUUUUGCACUGAAGCAGAAUACUUACAUUUCACAACAUCAUAAUGAAACUGCUCCGGUUAUCAUCCUGCUACGUUUGGCCAAACUCAAAAUUUGGGGUGGUAUGGAUUUUUUCCAACAGAUUAUCGUUUCAACUUCAAAUCUUAAUGCUUUGGAUAUGAAUGUUGAGUCUUCUAGCCGUACAUCGCAGCUCAACUCAGAUACUGUUGUGGCCAAUCUAGAAGAUUCCUACCUCCAUUUUCAAAUAAAAAACAUUGAUGAGAUUCCUGAUUGGAACAAGGAAGUUGGUUUAAUUUGCAUUCAAACAUAG